UUGCAGGAUUUUAUAGGCAAUACUUACAUUUGUUCCGGAUUUAAUAUAUAAUACUUAUACUUGUUUCGGAUUUAUUGGUAAUACUCAUAUUUGGUUGGAUUUCGAAGCCAUAAUGCCGAAGUGGAUGUCCUUGCUGACCAGCACUUUGCGGUUACAGUGCUAAUACUGUUACUACCGAAAAUCACUUUAAGUGCAGCUUUUGGCAAACAUCGAAAAGUGACUGGACUAUAAAUACCAAACAUACAACGACCACACUGGUCACAAUCUUUUGGCGUUGCAUAUAGCGAAGAACAAAAUGACAACGCCCACACAUAAUGAAUAUGCAGACAUUGAACUGUCCACGCUGGAGAUUGGCAGCACCAGCAAUAAAACGGAUCCCAUUUACUCCAUCAAGCCGGAUUUCAUAACGCAAUGGCGACAGAAAAAGGAGCGUGAAAAUAUUUGCAAAUCCAUUUUCAAUCGCUUCGUCGAGCAUACGGAAUGUAAGCGUCUGCUGGAAGCCGCGCAAUUGUACCAUCCUUUCAUUGGCGAGAACGGUGAACUCAACAUUUGGAAUGCUAAUAUCGAUAUGGAUAUGCUGGCAACCUAUACCAACCGCAGUCUGAACUAUAGCCUCUUGGAAGAUUUUACGAAUGUGACUACACGCGGUCCCACGCCCUCGCAAGUACUGCCACCUUUUGCGCUCUGGCAGAGCAUACUGAUCGCGCUGUGUCUAUCGAUCUGCAUCAUCUUGACGGUGGGCGGUAAUGUGCUUGUACUGCUUGCCUUCAUCGUGGAUCGGAAUAUACGACAACCGAGCAAUUAUUUUAUAGCAUCUUUGGCCGCCACGGAUGUGCUGAUCGGUUCCAUUUCAAUGCCUUUCUACACGAUAUACGUGUUGAUGGGCUACUGGGAUUUGGGACCAUUGCUUUGUGAUCUUUGGCUCUCUGUGGACUACACGGUCUGUUUGGCGUCACAGUAUACAGUGCUGCUUAUAACCAUCGAUCGUUAUUGUUCGGUGAAGAUCGCAGCAAAAUAUCGUAGUUGGCGUACUAGAAAACGUGUGAUUUAUAUGGUCACCAUUACAUGGAUUGUGCCGGCGUUGCUCUUUUUCAUUUCCAUUUUCGGUUGGGAACACUUUACCGGCAAGCGUGACCUCCUGCCUGGGCAGUGUGCUGUACAGUUCCUUAAGGAUCCGGUUUUCAAUACGGCGCUUAUUAUCGGCUACUAUUGGACAACGCUCAUAGUUCUAUUUAUCUUGUAUGGUGGUAUUUAUCGUACCGCCUACGAAAUGCAGAAACGUAGUGAAGCCAAACAGCGGAAAAUGCAAUCGAUGGUGGCGCUAAGUGCAGGCGCAAUGUCUGGUAUGGCCGGGCAUGCAGCCGGUAUAGGUGUUAUAGAAGAAAAAAUACUGAAAACUCAAGUAGAGAUCGGUGGCAACACGACGAAGGAUGGUAACAACUGUAGCGGUGCGACAAAACGUGGCUCGGGUCAGAUGAACCCACUUACACAAGCCGAAGCUAUAAAUGGCACGGCUGGCGAUGGCGUUAACGAGCAGCGUCGCAUUUCAGAAGGUAAAAUGGAAAAUGGUAAACGCGAUGGUGGAUCUGGUGAAACAGAGAAAAGUGAACGCUCCAGCAGUCCGGCAUUCGAUUCGGACGAGGAGAGUUCAGUCAAUCAAGCACAGCAAAUGGCAAAUCAGCAAAAACUAGCCAAUCUCCGCAAGCGUUCAUCAAUCGGCCUGGUUUUCGGCGCACAGGCCGCACUCAUUGCUACUCGUAGUAAAGGUAAUUUAACCCAAUGCUCCAUAAAUUCCAAGUCCAAUGAAGCCAUGGCCACAGUGGCUACCGCCACAUCCCCCAAUCCAACACGCAGCGGUGUACUUAUACGUACACAAAGCAAAGAAGAGGUGAGUGUACAUACAAGCGCGAGUAGCGAACGACCUAAACGUACAUCCUGCACGACACUGUCACAAAUUGUCGAAACAGAGCGGCAGCUGGAUGAGCAGCUCAGAGCGGAAUCUACGCCACCACGGUCACGAUCCAGUACCGCUACAAAAUUACUUGUUGAAUCACCGCUUUCACCGGUCGACAUCGCGCCUAUCGAAGUGCCACGUGACCAGGUACAACCGUGCUUGGUACAAGCCAUACUACCACCACCCGAGCAAUUCCAAUGUCCCACACCUCUUUCUGACUAUUCGGACCGGCCUUUGGGCGGCAACAGCAGUAACAGCGAACUAAAUAUGACCUACAACCUACUCACCAAUCAUUCCGAUUUGCGUUUUAUGGACGAAAGUUCCGUAAUGCUAGCAUCACCUACCACUAAUGGCAGCGUAACCUGCUCAUUGCGGCAAGCAAUACCACAAGCCGCUGCUGUCAUGCGUGCGGAAGUGCCGACCAAUCAGGAGCGUGCCAACCAAGUCGUCACUAACCCCAAACUGUUGCAACAGGCGCUGCAAAAGGCUGUAGCUGCGCAGCAACAACAGCAACAACCUAAACCCAAAAUUAAAAGACGUGCUUCCCCACCUGAAACCGGCAAUCCACCCGCUCCACCCAAUGGUAACACAAAUUUCACACCACCAAAUGAGCUUGAUAAUGUCGAAAUUGAACGACACCUUCUUGUUUCCUACACAGGCAUGGAAGAUUUCGUCAAAGUGCGUCGCGAAAGCUGCAUAGAAGCUAUUAGUUUACUAAGCGUCAAUGAGCAUGCCAAGUUAAUAGAGGACAAAGUGAUCUCAACGGAAAUACGACGCAGCUCCAGUCCGCUAGAGACGAAUACGAAAAGUAAAGGCAACGCAACCACCGCCGCCACUACAGUGACGCUCACCAUGCAAAAUCAAUUAACAACAACCAUAACCACAACGGAGCCACCAGCGCAACUUGAGAAAAUCGAUGAACGCGAAACAUUCGUGACCACCAAAACCAACAAUAAGUUGGUCAACACAAGGCAGACCACAACAAGCAGCACCGAUUCGACGGCGCCGCCAGCAACAAGCACUGCACAAAUUGACAACACAACCUGCACGGGCUACGUUUCGGGCGCUGGCAUCAGCACCACCGGCGGCAGCAGUAGCAGCACCUCGAAUACCAACAACAAGCCGUCGAGCAUAAAGUCACAGAGAGAAGCGAGCGGCGAAGCGGCCAGCCGGAAUUCGAGUAAACGCGCCUUUAUGCAAUCGAUUGGCAAGCACUUCAAGAGCAAAAAGAAAAUACCACUGCUGGUUGGUGGUGGGCGACAAAAAUCAAAGUCGGAGAAUCGUGCACGCAAAGCGUUUCGCACGAUCUCCUUCAUACUUGGCUGUUUUGUGGCGUGUUGGACGCCAUAUCAUGUGCUCGCACUGGUGGAGGGCUUCUGCCGCAAUCCACCCUGCACCAACGAGCAUCUCUAUAUGUUUUCAUACUUUCUUUGCUAUGCGAAUAGUCCGAUGAAUCCCUUUUGCUAUGCGCUCGCGAAUCAACAGUUCAAGAAGACGUUUACGCGCAUACUCAAAGGUGAUUUUCAUAUGACUUAAAUCUUAAAGCUUGAUCUGUGCGGUAGUGAGGAGCGAAUGUGUUAGAGCGUAUGAGUGGGAGAGAGCUUCUGUGCGGAGAGUAUCAAGGUGAGAGAAGUAGGCAGCUUACAGAGUACAACAAAGCUUUCAGCGCUUUAUAAAGCUUUCAAAACAUAUCAAAAACUUGCGUAGGUGUCUAAAACAUACAUACCACUUGAAAGCUCUUAGAGCGUAAUAAUACUUUGUAAAAUGCAAGUAUGCAAGCUUUAAGCACGUGAAAGCUUUCAGUCUAUUAUAGUGUUUUCAGAGCAUUAUAAAGUUGAGUUUAAAGCUAGCAGAGCAUUGAAAAAAUGUUUGAAGCACAUAACCGCUUUCAAAGAGUCACAAAGCUUGAAAGUUCUGAGUUGAUAAUUUUAGAAACUGUUUUCGAAUAAACACAGUAAAGAUAUUUUAUUUUAAUUUUCUACUAAUUUGUAGCGUAAUGUUAGUCUAAAAUUGUAAAAAUCAAAAUAUAUUUGGUGACGCUGCUUUGGUGUGAACCCUAAUGAGCCCUAGGCACUACCAGUAGAUAGCGUUGCCAAGUAUAUGCGAAUAUUUAAAAUCAUAUUAUUUACAAAGAAAGCGUUUCCAAAACAAAUCAACUCCAAAAUAUUAUCUGUUCGCUGCCAGGGGCGCAUGAGAAGAAUGUGAGGUUAAGUAUAAUGUAAAAAAAGACAAAAUUAUUUGCAAAAACUAUGUAGCUUAGUAUGUGUGAGAGCGCGUGUGCUUAUUUGUGUAUUUAACGGUUCCCUUAGUGCAUUAUAGACGGCCACAACAAGCGCGCGUCAAGUCAGCAGCUUGAGGUCUUCUAAUGACAAGCCGACGGCGUGGCGUACGCGGGCCUUAAAUCACGCUGAUUUUGAAUUAUUUGUUUAAAAAUAAAGUAAAAUAUUAAUUUAAGCUGAAAAUAUAUUUUUUAAAAUAUGUAAUAAGUAUUUGGUAUUUGAACUGUUAGGAACAAUACAAAAUUCUUUGAAAAUAAAUAGAAAUUAUGCAUAUUGUAAGAAAAUAUUAUAUAAUUAAACUUAUUUAAAUAGUGGCUAGCGAACACAAUAACUUAAUUAUUAGUAUGUAGGGGAAUAUGCAGCGUUAAGAAAUAUGUUAAUUAAUUAUGUUUAACAAAUUUUAGACAAUAAUUACUGAAGUAAAAGAGCUGCAUAUUUUACGUUAAUUACUGCUUAAGAAAAUCUCAAAUAAUUAAUUAAUAAGUAAUAAUUAGUUGAUUAUUAAUUAAGUAAUUAAGAAAAAAGUUGUUAAACACAGUCAAACAGUGCGACUUAAUGCAAUUACAUAAGUGUAUACUUACUGUUAACACAUACAUGCAUAUACAUAUACAUACAUAUAUAUAUACAUAUAUAAAUAAUAAUAAUAAAUUAACUGUUAUUUGUAAUUAUCAAUAUGAGUACAUACAUAUGCAACAUAAUUUAGUUUAACAAAAUAGAAACUAAACGCAUGCCAAUCACACACACAUACACACACCUCUAUUGGUAGCUAUAUACAUACAUAUGUAUAUACACAGACAUAAGUAGCCCUCAACAUAUGCGUGUGUGUGCAUCCGCAUGUCAAAGACAAAUAAUAUGUGCAUAAUAAAGCACAUACAAAUAUCUUACUUACUUACACUUGCCUAUGUGGAACAAUAAAUAAUAUUAAUUGUAAACACAUACAAAUACACAUAUAUAUAAAUAUAAAUAUAUAUAUAUAAAUAAAUAUUAGCUAUAUAUAGUUAUAGUUUAAGUUACAGAAAUUAUUAGUUUAAAGCAUUGCUGUACAUACCCACACACUGACAUCUGUGUAAAUGACAAAUAAUAAAAUAUAUGAAAAUAGUAAUUAAAUAUUGAAUAGCUGAAUUAAUGGAACAUAUGACAAAAACAAAUAUUAUAGAACAACAAUAAUUACAUUAAUUACAUCUUGCCAAAUAAUUAGUUCAAAGGCAGUUGACUUAUGUUUUCACUCGAACAAUAUUUAUUUAUGCAACAACGUCUACAAGAUUGCCUCAAAACAAAAACUUACGUGGUUUAGGGUAUCUCUUUCGAGACCAGACAUAAUAAAAGAAGGCUGGCUGUCACACAAGCGAUCGCAAUAAUUACACUUGCUUGACACUUAUUUUCAAUAUACAACAUUAAAUAAUAACACGAAAAGGCUUUCCUAAACAAUUUGUCAAAAACUUGGACAUUUUUCUUAAAAAAAAAAUCGUAAAAAACUUAGUUCAUCUAUUUCUUUACUAGAAUCUUAUUCUUCUUAUUCAUCUUCUGAAAAAGACUAGUAACACGACGCCAAGUAAUUUGUCCUAUACAAGUUUAGUUCUUCAAUCGAAACGAAGAGAGACUCUCUUUGGUUUGAACCAAAAUCCAAUAUAUUAACAAGUAAAAUAUAAAAUGUGGUCCAUAUCGAGUUUCCUACAGACUGAAACUUAAAAUUUAGUGGGGAAUGUUUAUUAUCAUGAGAAAAAACAGUUUUUGGCAUUUAUUUUUUGCAGAUUAUCUCAUUCACAUGUUGGCCCCAGCCACGUCUCAAAUGGUCCACUCAUUGAGUGAAAUUUUCGAUGACUCGUUCGAACGUGUGAUAGCACACGAUCUUAAUGGUUAAACGACCUGCCCAAAACGUAAAAUUAUCUGCUCACCGAAGUGUUCUCUCCAUAAAUCCAUUGACUGAUGCGAUGUGUAAGAAGUAGCGCCGUCUUCUUGAAACUAAAUGUCGCCGAGAUCACGAGCUUCAAUUUCAGGCAUUAAAUAGUCGGUUAUAAUAACGCGAUAACGGUCGGCAUUGACGGUUACGUUCUCACCGGCAUAAUUUUUGAAGAAAUAUGCACGAUGAUUCCACCGGCUUACAAAGCACACCAAACCGUUGUUUAUUCUGGUUGAAAUGGCUGCUUUUGGUUCUCUUCAGGUUGCUAUGUGGCAAUUUUGCUUGUUUACGUACCCAUUGAGAGAGUAAUGGGCCUCAUCGCUAAACUAAAUUUGGCUCAAAAAUGUUGCAUCUUCUUGGAAAUUUCAAGAGCCUAUAGCGCAAAGCGUAUCUUUUAAAUAAUAAAAACCAAAACAAGGUUACCUUUUUAACCGUUCUGAGUAACCAAAAUUAUCUUAGGAAAAUGUGAAGAAAUUAUUAGAAGGCUGGUGCACAGGGCUGUUUAUUUUACGUUUAACUUCCGUAGAGAAUUUAAUUACAUUAAUUUUGAAGUUUUCGAAUUUCAAAUGUUCGUUUGGUAUGUUUUUAUUUAUAACAAAUUAUAUGGAAUUCAAACGAAAAGAACUUCUGAAUUUUAAUCAAUUAACUUCAAAUAUAUUAAUUAUAUCAAAUUGCUUAGUAUUUUAAGAAUUUCGCACUACAAAUCUCAAAAACAUAAUUAAAUGUCAAUUCAAUAUUAAUUUAAUUAUUUUAAUUUAACAGUUAGAGUUUUCAAAAAUACCAUAGUAUAUUGUACUUUUAAAAACAUUAUGUAUUCAAAGACUACAAAAAAUAUUUACGCCUGGACAAAUCAUUUUAGUUUAAAAAAACUCAACCAAUUAAAAAGUUCAGUUAAAGAAAGUUUACUGCCAUUUUAUUAUGAAUAUCUGGCUUAAAUAAUGUUUAAUUACUGCUUUGCAAAACUUUGAGGCAUACUAGUCUAGUCUUCUAAAUAUCCUCUCUCUCAAUUAGGAAUAUAAUUUUUUUUUCACAUGCAUUGAUUUCUUUAACACUUAAAAUUGACAGUUUGACAAUUGACACGACAUUUUUAUGAUAAGCGCGGCAUACACAUAGUAUUUAGGUAACACUGUUAGAAGUUACGUAUACGCCAAGUGAGAUCCGCAAACAAACUAUAAAAUCAACUUCAAGCUUCAAGCUCAUUUUUCCGCUGCUUGCGGUACAUGUACGUGCAAAAUAAAAGACAGCCAAGUCACAAACCGAAGGUACAAGCAGGAAAGCAUAACUUUCCCAUAAACUUGCAACAACUGUGCUUUUUGUUGCAAACACAAAUAAUGGCAAAGUCAUUGAAAAAUAUUAUUAGAGAAAUCAAUUAAAAGGAAAAUAUUUACAAAUCAAAAAAAA